AUGACUCCAAAGGACGGUGCUCGCUUCGACUUUGUCGUCGUCGGUGGAGGUACUGCUGGCAAUAUCGUCGCAAGCCGGCUUGCAGAAAAUCCGGCCGUGACCGUUCUUGUUCUCGAAGCUGGAGUAGGAAAUUCUCAUGCCAUUGAUGAGAUUACAACUCCCGCUGAAGCAAUGAAUCUUCGAAAUAGCAAAUAUGACUGGUCUUAUAAAACAACAAUGAUCAAGCGUGAUGACUAUGAGCGCGUGGAAAAGCCCAACACACGUGGUAAAGCUCUCGGUGGUAGCUCCUCAUUAAACUACUUUACCUGGGUUCCUGGAUGCAAGCCAACAUUUGAUAUGUGGGAAGAAUAUGGAGGGAAGGAGUGGACGUGGGAUCAUCUUGUUCAUUAUCUUCGGAAGAGUGCCACGUAUCAUGACGACGAAAGAAAAUAUCCAAAAGAGCUUACCAAAAUUGGUCUCGGCGGCCCGAUUCCAAUAGCACACUCUGAGCUUAUUCCGGAGAUGCAGCCAUUCCGUGACUUGCUCACAAAAGCGUGGAAGUCGACAGGCCAUCCAAUCACAGAGAAUGUCUUCGACGGUGAACUAAAGGGCUUAACCCACAGUGUUAAUACGAUUUACAAGGGUCAGCGAUCUGGGAGUUUCUUGGCCCUUCAAAACAAGCCUAACAUCACCGUUCUCGCGGAAGCUCACUCUAAAUGUCUUCUUAUCGACAAAGCUGAUCGCUCUUGUAAGGGUGUGACUGUGAUCAUGCCCUCUGGAAAUGAGCUAAGCUUCUACGCUACUCGCGAGGUGAUCGUCUCGGAAGGAGUAUUUGAAACCCCAAAGCUUCUAAUGCUUAGCGGCAUCGGCCCUAAAGAGGAGUUGAGCAAGCAUGGAAUCUCCCCAAUUGUUGAUUCUCCUCACGUUGGACAGCAUCUACAGGACCAUCCUGGAGUGCCAUUCGUUCUUAAAGUGAAAGAUGAUUAUGGAAUGGAUGGCCAUGUCCUUCGCAAGGGUCCUCAGCAUGAUCAGGCAGUUGCGAAGUACAAAAAGGACCAUAGUGGGCCAAUGGGAUCCGGAUUUCUUGAAAUGGUCGGGUUCCCAAGAAUUGACGACUACCUGGAGAAAGUGCCAGAGUACAAAAGAGCAAAGGCUUCGAAUGACGGCAAAGAUCCUUUUUCUCCUCUGGGCCAGCCGCAUUUUGAGCUUGAUUUUGUUUGCUUAUUCGGCAGUGCCUUCCAGUGGCACUAUCCUACCCCCAAAAAGGGCAGCUAUAUGACCGUGAUGGUUGAUCUCGUUCGCCCUAUUUCCGAUCCGGGCGAAGUCACGCUAAACAGCGCAGAUCCCCUGCAACAAGCAAAUAUUAACCUGAAUUAUUUCAACAAUGACCUUGAUAUCAUCGCUAUUCGGGAAGGGAUCAGGUUCAGCUAUGAUGUCUUGAAGCACGGCGAUGGCUUUCAAGAUAUUAUACUGGAUGAAUAUCCAUGGGAAAUGCCGCUGGAUGAUGAUGAGUUGAUGAAAAGAACUGUGUUGGAUCGGUCGCAGACUUCAUUCCACCCCUGUGGUACUGCCCGACUUUCGAAGACCAUUGACCAGGGUGUUGUGGAUCCUGGACUCAAGGUCCAUGGUAUCAAGAAUCUACGUUUGGCAGAUGCGUCUGUGAUUCCCGUCAUUCCAGAUUGUCGAAUUCAGAACUCUGUCUAUAUGUGCGCCGAGAAAGGUGCUGAUGCGAUCAAGCUGGAUCACAGAGACAUCUAUGCUUAUUAG